CGGCAACUUGGUCGCACUUCCGCCUCCCGGGCUCCGGAAGGUAGAGCGCACGCGCUCCCUGCGACUCCGGCGCGGUUGACUUCCGCUCCCACUGUGCCCUGCGAGCCGAAUCAUGGAUCACACUGAUAAUGAGUUACAAGGCACUAAUAGUUCCGGAUCGUUGGGUGGUCUUGAUGUUCGAAGACGCAUUCCUAUAAAGCUCAUCUCCAAACAAGGGAAUAAAACCAAAACCGCACCUCGAGCUCCAAGGACUAUAAACAGGAUGCCUGCAAAGGCUCCACCUGGGGAUGAAGAAGGAUUUGAUUAUAAUGAAGAAGAACGGUAUGACUGUAAAGGGGGUGAACUGUUUGGAAAUCAGAGAAGAUUUCCUGGACACCUUUUUUGGGACUUCCAGAUAAACAUCUUAGGUGAAAAGGAUGAUACACCAGUUCAUUUCUGUGACAAAUGUGGAUUGCCUAUUAAAAUCUAUGGGCGAAUGAUUCCAUGCAAGCAUGUUUUUUGCUAUGACUGUGCUAUUUUACAUGAAAAAAAAGGAGAUAAGAUGUGUCCAGGCUGUAGUGAUCCUGUGCAGCGAAUCGAGCAGUGUACGCGAGGUUCUCUCUUCAUGUGUAGCAUUGUUCAAGGGUGCAAGAGAACGUACUUGUCUCAGAGGGACUUACAGGCUCAUAUCAACCACCGCCACAUGAGAGCUGGAAAACCUGUUACCCGUGCUUCGCUCGAAAGCGUCCAUCCUCCUAUUGCCCCACCGCCAGCCGAAAUCCCCGAUCGCUUUAUAAUGCCGCCAGACAAGCACCAUAUGAGCCAUAUCCCGCCAAAGCAGCACAUCAUGAUGCCACCACCCCCUUUGCAGCACGUGCCGCACGAGCACUAUACCCAGCCACACGAGGACAUCCGUGCUCCUCCUGCAGAGCUGUCCAUGGCUCCACCUCCACCUCGCUCGGUCAGUCAGGAAACCUUUCGUAUUUCAACAAGAAAACACAGCAAUCUAAUAACUGUCCCUAUUCAGGAUGACUCAAAUUCAGGUGCUAGAGAACCACCACCUCCUGCCCCAGCACCUGCUCACCACCAUCCUGAAUAUCAGGGCCAACCAGUGGUAUCGCACCCGCAUCAUAUUAUGCCUCCACAGCAACAUUACGCACCACCCCCACCUCCUCCACCACCAAUCAGCCAUCCAAUGCCACAUCCUCCCCAGGCUGCAGGUACUCCUCACUUGGUGUAUAGCCAAGCUCCACCUCCACCAAUGACCUCUGCUCCACCACCAAUCACCCCUCCCCCUGGACAUAUUAUUGCCCAGAUGCCACCUUAUAUGAACCAUCCUCCUCCAGGACCUCCCCCACCUCAGCAUGGUGGUCCGCCUGUAACCGCACCCCCUCCUCACCAUUACAAUCCUAACUCUUUACCCCAGUUCAGUGAAGAUCAAGGAACUCUGAGCCCUCCAUUUACACAACCAGGGGGAAUGAGUCCUGGUAUAUGGCCUGCACCGAGAGGGCCACCUCCUCCUCCACGAAUGCAGGGUCCGCCUUCUCAAACCCCACUUCCUGGACCACAUCAUCCAGAUCAGACAAGAUAUAGACCGUAUUACCAAUGAUUAAUAGUACUUUGAACUGAAGAUAUGAUGAGGAAAAACAAAAACUUAUGUAUAGUCAAUCUUUUAAUUAAGCUUUGACUGUUUGGGGGAAGGAAGAGUACCUCUUAUUGAGGUGACCGCAAAACAUUUAGGGUCUUGUCUCUUAAAAUGGUUUUAAAUCUUGACCUUAGGAUUGACUUCAAGUACUAUACCGUAGUGCAGAUGAGUGGCUCAGUUGAGCACAGCUAUGUUUUAACAACUUUGUUCCCCUAGUGUGGUAAAUUGACCCAGAGGUGACCAUUUGUAAAAAAUUUGAGAAGAAUUUUUCAUUGUUCCACUUCUAAAAAUACGGCUUUUGUUAAAUCCAACAUUUAGUUUUUCUUGUGAUACAUUUUGUUAACCUGUGUAAGAGGAUAAAAUUUCAAAAUGGUUGUAAAAAUGCUAUUUUUAUGUGAAUUUAAGUGCAGCCACAUACUGUUUUUUAAAACCAUAUGUUUUACCACUAAUUUCCCAAAGUUACAAUAAAAUCCUAAAAGUAAAAAUCUACUAGAAUUUACUGUAAGGCAGACUGUUAAAUGGUAGAGAAUUAUUUCACAUUUUAGGCACUGAAAUUUUGAGGUAUAUUAAAUAUAUAAUGCACUUCACUUGGAUGCCUUUUUGUUUUUAGGCAGCCUCAGGAGCACCAAAAUACAUUGGAAUUCCAUAUUUAUGUUCGUAAUAUUAAAAGGCAUUAGUAGUUAUUUGGAAAGAUACGGCCAAAGCAAUUGACUCUACAGGCUCCAAGCUAUUGGGGGAUACUGUUACUCGUUAAUUCUUUCUACCGAAUGGUGGGAAUCACAUGAUGCACCACAUUUACUAAUCUUAAGUAACAUUAUUUUAUAGAACUGUUUAAAACUGUGUUAUCUAGAUGAAGUGUGUUCUACUCUGCUCAUUGUCUUAAACUUAAAUAUUUAGGGCUGAAUAGGCUUUGUAUAAUUCCUCAUUUCCUGGUAGAGUUUGAUCUGUGCUUUGAGUGGGUUCUUGUCUAUUGGGUUUUAAAGUACAAUUUGAAUGCCAUCGAGGAAUACUGUAUUAAUGAAGGACGUUCUUGUAAUCACAAACUUGCGUUGCUCAGGUUUCAUUACUGUGUGAUAAGGUUUUUUUCUCUAACUUGAAAUUUUAAAAGUGUUAAUUAUUUCCUAUUCCUUUCAUUGGUUAAGCACUAUAAAAUUUGGAACGUUUUAAAAGGGAGUCAACAGUGCAGACCACCAGACGAUUUUGUAUUGGAGAAAAGUGAUGACUAAAUUGUGAAUUUCAGAGCUUUAUAAGGUGCCUUUAGAGUCAGCUUUUGCAUUAUAGGGGCUUGUUACAGUCCAGCUAAGAUGACCACUUAAUGUUUUAUACAGAUCUCGUAUGUAUAAAUCAAUACUCUUAGGAUAUUAUUUUAUAUCCUUUGAAUAAACCCCUGUGAAGUAUUUCCUCCCCCCUAAAAUGGUGCAUAAUAUAAACAUGAAAAAUGUAGUAUGCAGAUAUCAUUUAUAACUAGUUUGUAGUGCAUAAAUUUAGAACACUUCUUUUUGACAAAGGGUGAACUGAUGGCUAAUUUACCAUUUAAUUCUGUCAGAUACAAGCAGAAAACAGUUUCUCAUCUUGGAUCAUCAGAUGCAGAGGUGUCUAUGAACUUAGAGCUGAAGUUAGAGAUGAUAUCAAUGAUCAUUUCAACCUUGACCAGCUGAAAAUAAUGAAUAUGCUUUUUUUUUUUUUUUUUAAGUUAAUGGAGUGAUUUUCACAUCUAGCAGUUUGAGAGUCCAGUGUUAAUGCAAUAGAUGUAGUGAGAAAUUCUUGUUACUAGAAGCGUGGGAGUGAAGUAUGAACUAGUGUGAAAUGGUGGUGGUGAGUGCUUCUAUCAUAUUACUGUAGGUACUUGGACUGGUGCAAACUUGAUUCCUUUUCAUGCCCCUGUUUAGGAGCUGUUAAAAUAUUACUGUUGAAAACCCAAUACCAUUCUUUGUUUCUUGUGAUAAGAAAAUAGCCAAAUUCACUUCAGAGCUUUUCAACUUUCUCUAAGGAGCUCUCCUGUUUUUACUGAAAUUCACUAGAGCUGAACGUGGUAUGAAACCACUCAGCCUAUGUAUUGGACAAAACAGUUAGUAUCAUGAUAAACUUCCACAUGUUUAAGAGAAUUCUCAUAGACUUUAAAAAUGAUUUCUUUUCAGUUAGGUUUAAAAAAUAUGUGUUAUGCAGGGAGGCAGAUCAGAUGAAUGUGUUGCAGCAGACAAAAUUUUUAAAUGGUGUUAGACUUGAAUUCAUCCAGUUAUUGUUUGAAUGAGGGUGGGUGGGUAGAAGGAUAACAAAAUUACUGUUAGUGUUUCUUUCCUUAAGGAAAAAGAUGUGAAUCCCAGCCUUAUUUCAGGGAAGCCUUUGAAGCUAUGAUGGACAUAAGUCUAAAUUAAAUGUAUGUAUGUUUCAUUAUAUUGCUCUUAAGACUACUGAGGUGGCAGUUUAAUUCUUAAAAACAAUAAAAUGGAAGCAUAAAUACUA